UCUUAAAUGGAAAAUGCAACUUUAGUUUAUAGAGAAACUCAGUCAAAUAUUUAUUUUUUUCGUUCGCAGGCUUCAGAAGAAGAUGCUGAAGCGUGCUGUGGCGCAGCCAUUAUCAUCUUUCCACUCUCAAUCCGACCACCACCAACUCCUCCACCGACCCAUUUCGGAACUCAACUCCCUCAUCACCUCCUACAUCCGACGCGGCCACCCCAUCUCCGCAUUUAACCUCUUCCUCUCUCUCCGCCGCAUACGCAUCGACCUCGACUCCCACACCUUCACCCCGCUCCUCCGUCCAUCCCCUACUUCACUCGGUAAACAACUCCACUCGCAAAUGAUCAAAACUGGUUCAGACUCCGGAACCGUUCCAAAAACCGCAUUACUUGACAUGUACUCAAGACACGGGUCAUUGAAUAGCUCCCUUAAGGUGUUUGAUGAAAUGCUUCAUAGAGAUGUUGUUGCUUGGAACACUUUGCUUUCGUGUUUUUUACGGUGCGGGAAACCAGACGAGGCGAUUCGUGUUUUGAGGGAAAUGGGUAGGGAGAAUGUUGAGAUGAGUGAGUUUACAUUGUGUUCUGUUUUGAAGUGUUGUGCUUCUUUGAAGGCUUUGGAAUUUGGUAGACAGGUUCAUGGGUUGGUUGUUGCUAUGGGGCGUGAUUUGGUUGUUUUGAGUACUGCUCUUAUUGAUUUUUAUUCUAGUGUUGGGUGUGUUCAUCAUGCUUUGAAUGUGUUUUAUGGUUUGAAAGGAUGGAAAGAUGAUAUGAUACAUAAUUCGUUGGUUUCUGGGUGUAUUAAGAAUGGGAGAUAUCGUGAGGCGUUUAAAGUUAUGAGCUUGGUGAAGCCUAAUGCUGUUGCACUUACUAGUGUUUUGGUUUGUUGCUCUGAGGAGUCGGAUUUGUUGACAGGGAAACAAGUGCAUUGUGUUGCGGUUCGUCAGGGUUUUACUUUUGAGACUCAAUUGUGUAAUGUAUUGUUGGAUAUGUAUGCUAAAUGUGGGAAGAUUUUGCAAGCCUGGUCGGUGUUUGAUGGGAUUUUUCAAAAGGAUGUGAUUUCAUGGACUUGUAUGAUUGAUGGGUAUGGAAGAAAUGGGUGUGGAUAUGAAGCUGUCGAGCUAUUUUGGAAGAUGAUGGAGGAUGGAAGUGAGGUGUUGCCGAAUUCUGUGACCUUUUUGUCUGUUUUAUCAGCUUGUGGUCAUUCCGGGUUGGUGGAGGAAGGAAAACAAUGUUUCAAUAUUAUGAAAGAGAAAUAUGGUAUUGACCCAGAACCGGAGCACUAUGCAUGCUUCAUAGAUAUCUUAGGCCGAGCUGGUAAAAUAGAAGAAGUAUGGUCCGCUUAUCAAAAUAUGAUUGAUCAGGGUACAUCACCUACUGCAGGAGUAUGGAUAUCAUUGUUGAAUGCUUGCAGUCUUGGUCAAGAUUUUGAAAGAGGUGAAUUUGCGGCAAAGAGUCUCUUGCAGUUGGAACCCAACAAAGCUAGCAAUAUUGUGCUUGCAUCAAACUUUUAUGCAGCCAUUGGUAGGUGGGAUUGUGUUGGUGAGUUGAGAAGCAUGAUGAGGGAAAAAGGGUUGGUCAAGGAAGCAGGCAAUAGCUGGAUCGGUGAGGGCUUCAAUGGACAUGCCAGAUCAUUAUCUGCUUGAUUUUUCGGCUAGAUUUAAAUAGAACACUAAGGAGUUUUGUCCAACCAGUCACCAGUGUGCUACCAACUGAUCGACACCGCUACUUGUUAUCUGGCAUGACCCCGUAUCGAUGACCACGACCACAAUGCCACUCCUAUUUGAGUAGUCCAAUGAGAAUGCUCUCAGGAAAGUUUGCAAAAAUUGAGCUUAAGGAUCAAAGCCAGGCUUUUGCUGGGUUAGCAGAAGCUCAGAAAAAGAUGAAUUUGCCACUAAUACUUCAGUGCUUCACACUAAAUUUAAUAUUCAAGAAUCAAAGUUUACAACUUCAAUGGCUUGGCACCCUGUUUAGACACCUGGAAGAUUAUUCUACCAUGAGUUUUGAGAAACGAAAGUCUAUUGAAAUUUGGAACUUCAAAAAGUAAAAGGGUUGAAAGAUUAAAAAAGUGAGAGUCUCCGGUGAAAUGGUCUCGGGAGUGAAUCCUAGACACUCAGACCUGCGAGUGUUGGAGAGUUUUCUCCUCUGGAUUGUACAGUAUGUAUCUAACACCCAACGAUCAAUGCAUGGGCACCCAAAAAAGGAGUUGAAUGGUUAAAUAACAUACUUGUUACAAUUAUGAAUUUUUCUGUUAUUUUUCUGCUGUAUUCAAUUAGUAGUUGGCUUCAGUCAACCAUAGUUAGUUAUCCCUUCCAGUUACUCUUGGUAAUUCUGUCAGACCUAUCUCAUUCACUGCUGAAAUAUUACAAUGUGAAACUUUGUAAUGCUCAAUUGAAAUAAUCCAAUUUAUUUAUCAAUCAAUUUCACCAA